UGAUUGGCGGGAGGGGCCGCCGCCGGGGCGGAGGCGGGAAGGACGGUCGCUGGAGAGGGCUGCCGCCGCCGCUGCGUGAGGAUUUCUUCUUCCUGUCGAGGAAGCUGAUGAUGAAGCUGAAUCACGCCCUGUGUUGGUGCUUCAAUGCAUAUAUUUACUCAUUAAGAGUCAGAUGAGGACACAGUUAUAAAUCUGAAAUAAACAGGGUGAAAAGUGGCAAUGUCUUCUGAUGCGUCAGAAUAUACUAUUGGGGGAGUGAAGAUUAUAUUCCCUUGCAAGGCUUACCCAUCACAGCUAGCUAUGAUGAAUGCUAUUGUUAAGGGGUUAAAUAAUAGGCAACACUGUUUGUUGGAGAGCCCUACAGGAAGUGGCAAAAGUUUGGCAUUACUUUGUUCUGCAUUAUCAUGGCAGCAGUCUCUGUAUGAGAAAUCACUGGUUAAAUCCUCACAUGAGAAGGAAGACAGAAAGCCAGAGACUUCAUUGCCAUGUCGCUGUACAUGUCAUUCCCAAUCUGAGAGCAAUGAGGCUGCAGCAAAUGUGAAUCAUGGUGCUUCUUGUUCGUUUAAUAAUUAUGAAGCAGGAAGUUCCAUAAAAACUGAAACUCCACUAACAAACACAGAACAUAAGGAAAAUGAAACCCUAGCUUCAAAGUUGUCUGCUAAAAAAAGGGCAUCUCUGUGUGGCAAUGAAAAUGAUGAUUUUCAAGUAGACAGGAAAAGAAUUCGCUCUUUAGAAACUGAGCACCAGGUUAGAAAACGUCAUUGUUUUGCAAAAGGAGUGCGGCUAGUUGAUGCUUUAGAAGUUUAUAAUCAGAGAAAGAAUGGAGAGCUGAUUGUUCACUCUGAAAAAAGUGUGAAAAACACUGCUUUUUCUCCUAAAACAUCUUCUGACCCUUGCACUCAGUGUUCCUGUUCUUCUGGAAAAGAAACUGAUAAAGAUGCUAGUAACGCAAAGAAGAAAGGAAAUGAAGAUCAGUCAUUCAUCCCCAAAAUAUUUUUUGGAACACGAACACACAAGCAAAUAUCCCAGAUUACCAGAGAGUUGAAGAGGACGGCAUAUUCCAGCGUCCCUAUGACGAUUCUUUCUAGCCGGGAUUAUACCUGUAUUCAUCCAGUGGUAUCUGGUAGUGGUAGUAACAGGAAUGAAAUGUGUGUAGAGUUGCUGGAAGGAAAACACGGCAAAUCCUGUCUUUAUUAUCAUGGUGUUCAUAAACUCAGUGAAUAUCAUACACUACAACUGGGACAUAAGAAAUGUCAGGCUUGGGACAUUGAAGAUCUAGUGAGCCUGGGAAAGAAGCUUCGUGCCUGUGCCUAUUUUGCAGCUAGAGAGCUCAUGCUGGGGGCAGAUAUUGUAUUUUGUCCUUAUAAUUAUCUCCUAGACCCACAGAUACGAGAGAGCAUGGAAAUUAACCUAAAAGGCCAAGUAGUCAUUUUAGAUGAAGCCCAUAAUAUUGAGGACUGUGCUCGGGAGUCAGUGAGCUACAGUGUUACAGAAAAUCAACUAAGAUCUGCUCGAGAAGAGCUAGAUCUCAUGGUCAAUAACCACAUCAGGCAGAAGGAUCACGAGCCCCUACGGGCUGUGUGCUACUCUUUGUCAAACUGGUUACAGGAGAGCUCUGUUCAACUAGUAGAAAGAGGGUAUGAAACGUCUUGUAAGGUUUGGAGUGGAAAAGAAAUGCUCACCAUUUUGCACAACAUGGGAAUAACCAAUAUUACUUUUCCCAUUCUACAGCAACAUCUUGCUGCUGUCCUGGAAAAGGAAGAAAAAAUAGUGAUGUUUGGUAGAGAAGAAGUUAUUGAGAUACCGGUUGUGAGCCCUGCUACUCAGAUUGUGCUAAAAGGGUUAUUCAUGAUUCUCUUAUGUCUUUUUAAAGAAAAUAACAGGUAUGCAGAUGACUACAGAGUUGCUUUACAGCAAACUUACACUUGGAUGAACGAAAACCAACUUGAUGUUUCAGAUACUAAUGCCCUCUUUACACAGACCAAACAUAAAAGGAAUCCACGGCGGAAAACUGUAGUUCACGUGCUUAAUUUUUGGUGCUUGAAUCCAGCUGUGGCUUUUUCAGAUUUAAGUGAUGUUAGAACAAUUGUUCUGACAUCUGGUACGCUCUCUCCAAUGGAUUCAUUUUCUUCAGAACUUGGUGUAAAGUUUUCUAUUCAGCUGGAGGCAAAUCACGUUAUUCGGAACUCACAGAUUUGGGUUGGCACCAUUGGAGCAGGCCCUAAUGGUCGGAAACUAUGUGCCACGUUCCAGCAUACAGAGACCUUUGAAUUCCAAGAUGAAGUGGGAGCCCUUCUGCUAUCAGUGUGUCAGACAGUUGGCCAAGGAAUUUUGUGUUUUUUGCCAUCUUAUAAGCUGUUGGACAAAUUAAAGGAUCGCUGGAUGCAUACUGGCUUGUGGAGAAACCUCGAGCUUGUCAAGACAAUCAUUGCAGAGCCUCAAGGAGGAGCAAAGAGCGACUUCGAUGAACUGCUGAAAAUAUACUAUGAUGCAAUAAAGUGUAAAGGAGAAAAAGAUGGAGCACUCCUCAUAGCUGUAUGCAGAGGAAAAGUUAGUGAAGGCUUGGAUUUCUGCGAUGACAACGCCCGUGCUGUUAUAACCAUAGGUAUUCCGUUUCCAAAUGUGAAAGACCUUCAGGUUGAAUUAAAGAGGAAAUACAAUGACCAGCACAAAAAUAAGAGAGGCCUUUUACCAGGGAGUCAGUGGUAUGAAAUUCAAGCUUAUAGAGCUCUCAACCAGGCCCUGGGAAGGUGUAUAAGACACAGGAAUGAUUGGGGUGCUCUUAUUUUAGUUGAUGACCGCUUUCGGAAUAACCCUAAUAAAUACAUAACUGGAUUAUCUAAGUGGAUUCGGCAACAAAUCAAGCACCAUGAUAAUUUUGGGAGUGCACUUGAGUCCUUGGAUGCAUUUGCUAGAAAAAACCAGAAAGGCAUUGGUGGUUCGUCACAGUGCAACAGUGAAUUUCUCCAUGUACCUUCAAGUUCAAAAGACCUGUCACCAGCUUCUUCACUGGAGGCUACUAUUCAUCUAUCACCAGACGUUCCUGCUGAAAGUGAAGAGCAAAAUUUGGUCCCAGAAAUUAAUAUUUUUACAACCAUCACCUCAAUUAAUCCUGCAACGUCAAGUCAGCCAAGUACUGUCAUGGCAACAAUGAAACAAAGUGGCCAGAAAGUUGAUGUAGAGGGUCAUUCUCACCAUGCAACACAAAGAGAAAAACAUAUGGACUCCACACCGAAAAUCCUUGCCACUGAAACAGAGAGAGAAAAAAAGAACAGUUGGACUAAUUCUGAUUUUAUGAAAGAGUAUUUCUGCAUUAAACCAUUGACUUCAACACCUUUGUCUGUAGCUGAGAACUGCACGUCCAUAGCUAAAGGCAAACACAAGAAGAAUGUGAAUAAGGCUAGUGAACUUAUUGAUAGUGUAAAUCAAUGCCAGUCAUCAUUCAUUACAGAACAUAAACCAAGUGUACCAGCAUCAUGUUUGGAAACAACUAAUUUUUCACUUAAAAAUACUGGGGCUGCAGUUGCUGAAGAGGAGGACCUUGGUGAGCCGCAGCUUCAUGAUGGUGAAGUUGAGCCCUGUUGUAGUGAAUUCCUUUCAAAAGGAGAGAAAUCUGAACUUGUAAGGUUAAAUGUAUCUGCGGAAGCCGAGGAUGAGGAUGAGAGUAUCUACUUUACACCAGAACUCUAUGAUGAUGUAGAACCAGAGGAACAGAAAAUCAGUCUGCUAGUUCCUGCCAGUAAUACAGCUGAGAAUUGGAUUGAAUAUGGAAAAGGCACAGCUGCUGAAGAUUUUUUUGAAACCAGCACCUCAAAAACCCUAAGUGUUAUUAAAGAAACAAUUAACGAUGAUGACAUAAACACAAGUUUACAUGGAAUAAGGCAAAAUGAUGAGAGUAAGAAUAGUGCAGUUAAUAAGGUUGUAGACAUGACUAGUGGAAUAGAAGCAGAGCAGAUAGAAUCUCAAGAAGUGGACACCAAAAAACGGAAAAUCAGUCUUUCCAGAUCACGAAAUAAAGGACUGAAAGUUCAGAGACAGUGCAGACGAAGAAAAGCUACUGUUAGGGAAAGUGGCUACACCUGUGAAAGAAAGAAAGGAACGCAUCGCCAGCCUUGCAAGAAAGGACUUUAUUGUAUUGUCUGUGGAGCUGAAAUACUACCAAAAGCAGAGGGAAUUGUGAGGAAAGCUUUGUGCAGUAAUAUGGAACUGAAAAUAAUGUGGAAAUUCUUCAGAAAUGCUAAUGUAAGAAGUAUACAACCCUUUAGCAAUUGUAUGCGUGAACUCGAUGCCAUUUCAGAAGAUGAUAAUAUGAUGUUGAUCAUCACAGAUGCUGCAAGUCUUAGUCAUCUUAAAGAAACUUUGAAGGUUUAUCAGGUGCCAGUGAAAUGCGAAGACUUGAAUGCCAGUUUAUCUUUAAAUGCUAUUUGGAAUGAGAACGAAUAUUCUCUGACAAGUUACUUGCAAUGCAGGAACUGUGUCAUCCAGUCCAUUUCUCCAUGUCCUUUAAUAGGAGCUGAAGUUACUCUUCUCAAUAAUAAAGCACAGUCAUGGGUCUGGCUGCUUCCAUCGUCUGUUCGUUACUGCUUACUGCUCCAGAACCCUCAAGAACUGUAAACAGGCCUUUUAGGUUAUGCUUUAUCUUAAAAGAUUUUGCUGAUCCAUACCACAUAUUCACCAGGACUAACAAGACAGAUAAGUGGAGGAUUUUGUUAUUUAAUUUAAUUUAAACUAUUCUCCAGUGCAACUGCAGAGGCGGUGCGAUCCGUGCAUGUAAGUGAUGGGAAAGAGCUCCCUGGUCCCAGUCCUGGCCCCACUGGAGUCAGUGGGAGUUAAGCCACUGACUUCGACAAAGCAAGGAUUUCACCUUCCCUUUAAAAAAUAUUUCACUGCGACUCUUGUCAGAAUGCAGGUAAAGGCAUAAUUUUUAAAUCUCGCUUCCUUGUAACAUUUGGAUGUUUAUUUGCCUUAAGUGCACUUCAAAGCAAUUUGAUAAAAAAUUUCUCAACAAUUCCGUGUUAUUUCAAGGUGGUUUUGAAUUGGUUCAUUUUUUGCUACUUGUGCAUUCAGAGACCCCACAUUGCAAUGUCUGGGCUAAAAACAUGAUAGAGGAAUGUUCAAAUAUUUUGUAUUGCUGGGUUUUAAGCUGAAUUAAAGAAAGCCAGAAAUGAAAACAUUCACAUUUGUUUAUGUAAUUAAAAAAAAUCCUAUAAAUUUGGACCCAAGCUAGCUGAGCGUAUCCCUUUAAUGAACGCAAACCUUCACGUCUUCUUGCAAGCACACCAUAAAUGGAGAGGCAUAUAUGUCAUAUCUACCAUAUCAAUGUCAUUUUAGAGUAUGUAAAAAAAAAAAAAGAAAAAAACACUUUAUUUGUCUUAGGAAAUAUCGAAAACUUUUAUAGGGAAUUUGGAAAAUAUUUUUGGCUAGCAUGAAAGGUAAAAUCCUGCAGCACAAAGUACAGACAUGGGCACAGAGACUGAACAGACGGGCUGCUGUAAAACAACCAUUUAAUAAGGCAUUAAAAUGCCAUCGACUUGGACACAUAAAAAAAAAAGCUAUGAAAACAAAUGCCUUUCAAAUAAUUAGGAUCUUAUGCUUGAGACCAGUGUUGAUCUCUAUGCAGAGAUUUUCCUGCUGAAAUCAGACCAGUCUAAGUCUGAUCGUCUAAGGAAGGAAUUAGCAGCGUAUAAAUCGGCUGCUGCUUGAGAUUUUUCUGUUUCUGCCAUACAUAACCAUUCAUAUAAAUGAUCACUUCAGACUUUCUAUCUCCUUCUUUCUGUUUCCUAAAGUAUUCUGAAAUGCAUUUGAUUUAGUAAGUCAGAAUAAUUUUUUAAUUGAACCUCAGAUUUUUAUCACGAGUGUGUGAAAUGGUUGAAUUACUAGCCUUUACCCACACUAUAUGAGGGAAUCUGAGCCAGGCUAACUAUAUGCAGCCAGAAAUAGCAACAAAAACCAUUUCUGUUCUCAAAAAUGUAGCGUGACUUUGCUUUCACUCGAGGUAAUGUACUCACAUUGAUUUUAAGGUUUAACAAUAGUUUGUGGUGAUUGCUGGUGUGUAAAAUACAUCAAAUUGUUGUAUAGAUUUAUCCUUUAAUGUCGAAAAUAAAUCCUCAAGAACAAUCUUUAUCACCUGUAAUGUUUACAAAUACAAAAAUAAUUACUAUAAUUGCCCAUUCCUGUUUGCGUAGUUAAGCCUGGGUCACUGCUGUCAUGAUAUUCCUCAUUUGCACAGCUCCGAAAAGCUCCGCUACUAAACCAGAGCAUGUUUGGAAGGCCGCGCAUCUGCGCUACUCUAAUUAACUCCACAGCGAAUAAACUAGUAAGCCAGUAAAUAAAUUUAACUUUACAUCGUGACUGUAAUGGAAGAAUAUUUUGGUUUUGUUGAGCAUGGUAUGCCGUUGCUAUGUAAUUUUUUUCCCCAAAAAAGUUGAUACUCUUUUAAUAAGCUCAAGGCUGUAAAACAAAGUAACAUAGAUGUUAUCUAAGAGCGGAGCAUCAGAUUCUCAACUUCCAGCUGGAAUUUAAUGGACUUUUACUACAAAAGUCGUGAUAAAUGAAUGUUACUUUUCUCAUACAAUAAAGCUAUUGUUUUGAUCUUCAUUUCGCUGUGCGUUAACAUCAAUAAUCUCGAAGCAGUUAAUGUUUGUCCCUGCUGUACUUUUGUGCUAUGUCCUGUUUUGCGGCAGCAGCAGCUAACCCCUGCGGCAUGUGCUGUGCGCUUGAACCUUCUCACGCGGGGUGCCUCUUUCUUUCAGAUCUGUGCUUUCAGACCCAGCUAGAUUUCGUGUUUUUAGCCCAUAGACCUGGGUCACAUGAUAAGAGCCCUGCGCAUAACUUUCACAAGCAGUCAAAACAUGCGAUCUUUCUCCUGACAUUGCGAUCUCGUCCAUUAAUUGGAUUUUAUAUGGCUUUUCUGCUAGCCUUCUGCUGGCUUUUAAAGGUGUGAAAACUUGCACUGCAGAGGAAUUUUAUGGAUUGUGGCCGUAAUUUCUGAAUAAGACUCUAAAUUAAUCAAUAAGUGGUCCGGUUAUAAAACUUUGUGCAGAAUUUCUGGGUUCCGGUCAGUUUGCCGUUAACCCGGCGUUGCCGUUCGGCUGGAAGUGCAUCCCAAUUAGCAGCCCUGCUAUCUAGCAGUAGCAGCAAGUGAUUUUUUUUCCCUUUUUUUUAAAGUCAGUCGUAAAUGAUUAGUCCAAAAGAGUAGCAUAAAACUUCGAACUAGUCCCCUGCAGGAGUCGGCUGGAGGAAAUUAAAGGAUCAACGACAGGAGGGAAGCACUGAGGCAGGAUUGUUCCAGGCGGCCGCCACCGGCUCGCGCGCGCACGCAGGAAAUUGGCUUCAUCAAAAGCCGCGGACGCGGGAUGCGGACGAGGACGGUGGCGCAGGGGAUGGCUCUAAAUCACGGCUCGGCAUCGCACCGGUUGGCGAGGGAGCGGUUUCCUCCCCGUCACGAGAAAGCAGCUUUCCUAUACAAAAAAAGAAAAAGCCUCUCGUCCCUGUGAAUUAAUGAAAGUUCAGCCCAAACGCGGGCUAUAAAUCUGACGUAGCUUGACGAAUAAUGAAGACUCAGUUUCCCCCCAAAUAAUAGCGGUUGGAUGGGAUUUUUGCACGAGUGGGAAUGGCUCCUUGCAAGCUCGGCUGCUCGUUUCAGACUGUUUCUGCUCCGCGCGCUGGGUGUGCGUGCGUGCGUGUGUGUGUAUGAGAGCUGUAAAACGAGUGACUCACGAGUGCUUGUGACUUACAGUCAGGCAAGGCACAUGCUCUUUAAUGCCUUAAGUAGAUUCACACUGCAGAAAUUUGGAUCUUUCUGGGCCUGAGAUGAAGCUGAAACCUCUCGCGCGGAGCAGGAAAGAGUCGCAAGAGGGGAAACGCAUAAAUCUCCAUCUGGAGCCAAGUAUGCUGGGAAGGCGUAAAGAGCCGGGGAGCAGCGGUGCCAGAGCAGGGCUGAGAAAGAGCAAAAUCCCGAGGGGAAAAGGGGAAGAAAGAAACAGGAAUGUCCCAGGAAUGAAGCACUUAAAAUGUUCAGAACUUGCAUCGGAAGUGAAACACUGCAAGGCUGUAAUCCAAAUAAGGAAAUUAGAACAAAAAUUAACAAUAUUCAGCUAUUCAGAUGUCAAAAGAAAUAGCACGGUUAUUGGUGUUAGAGGUUAUUGCCAGGAGGCAAAAGCUCAGCAUGUCUUGGGUAAUUAAGCUUCACUGGAGAGCAUGGAUCCCUUCUCCAGUGAUUUUCAGGCAUACUGGAAGAAGGAAUGUGCCCUGUUAAAUGAAAUGUGUGGACAGCCAUUAUUAUCGCUUUACAUCGGUAAUUCCCAGGGCUUCCUGCGUGCGAGGCGUUGUGCAAACGCGCGGCAGGCACCGCGGGUGCCCCGCAGCUCAGCAUCUUGCCCCUUUGGGCAGCCAGGCACGCGAAGCGCCCUGCACAGCCAACCAAGUCCGCGGCGCGAAACCGGAGCAAAUGGGUUUUGUUUGGCGCGCCGACGCGGUGGGCGGUACGAAGCCGCUCUGCUUUUGUAUCGCUAUAGAAAUCUGGCCUUUGGCAUUGACUUCAGAUACUAUUUUAUUAAAAGAACACAUGAUUCAUUGCAACGGUGCACUUCAGUAUCUAUGAACAGGAAAGCUGGGAAAGACACAAAAGCAGCCGGGCUAUGGAAAAGCGAUUCAGGGAAGCGUUACAGCACAAAGCCGCUCGAUCUGCCGGGAGAGACAACAGAAAGGAACACAGUAUCUCCAAGGAAACAUCUGAGCCCGGCGUCGGAGCCAAGUGAGGAGUUAUUAUUGUAUUAACCUUUCAGGAAAGGGCCACAGGGUAUAUGUGGAAAGAGCAAAUCCUGCCUUUUUGGAAUCCAUAGGAAUUUUGUUGUUAGCAUCAGUGUGAUCAGGAUUGGCCCAUAGACAUUUAAAACUGAAGCUUAAUGAAAAAAGUAAUGAGAGAUUCUGGUAGGUUUAGUCUGUCGUAAGUAGGAUAAGAGUUUCUUUAUUUUUUUACGUCUUCGGAGACCUAUGUUUCUGAAUAUAAAAAGCACAGCUAUGUUAUCCGUAGUUCUUUACCUAUUAUGAGACCAGAAGUGGUUAAAACAAGUAAACUUGGAGAACAACUUAAACUCAAACCGAAACAGUGAAGUUGCUGACGCCACACUAAGUCUUGCCUCCGGGUGUGGAGUUCAUAAUCUCGUCUGAUAUCGCCAGACUUUGCAAUCUGCGCGUGCGGAGAGCAAAGCGCGGGCGGGCGGCGAAGCGCGCGCCUCGCUCCGUGCGCGCCGGCCGGCUGCAGUGUGCAAACAGCAGCGCACGCAUUAAACGUUGCAAAAUCAGAGCCGCAGACAGCUCGCUUGCCAAUUGCUUUUGCUUUUUUUUUUUUUUAUUACCCCACUUUCUCCCUUUUUAGUUUUCUGUUUCACAUUUUCCUUGUGUUUACUUCCUGACCACUGACUUCCUAUUUCCCUUUAUUUUGCUAUAAAUGCAUAGGAUGAAAAUUGAUUUUCAAGCGAUUAACUGCUUCCCAGAGGUGAGGGAAUAUUUUCAUGUUAUGCAUGAGAGAAGCAAAGCAAAAAUUGCGUAUUUUACUAAUGGCUUCACAGUGCAUCGUUGCUGAGUGCAUUAGCGUUUGUAAAUCCUGCAUUUCACUGGAGUUCUUGGACUAUACAGCGAAGGUGUUUUCUCCUUUGAAACCACAGCUAAGAGGAAUGCAAAGAAGUGUGCAUAUUUAGCCUCACGCACACUGAUUUGCUUUAGCAGCCUGGUCUAAAUCGGGAUUUAGCAGUUGCUUCUCUGUACUGGGAGAAGGAGAUUCUUCCACUCUUUCCUUCACUCGCUCCUGCUGCCGCGGCCGUGCCGGGGCUCGUGCGGGGCGCUCAGGGCAGGAGCCCGCCUGUUCGCGCUGACACCUCCCCGGGCUGCAGCGCCUGGAUAACGGCCCUACAAAAAGCUAAACCCCCCUUUCCCCUCGCGGGUUACUGAUGAAGAAAUGUAGGGAAAGCGCAGGUCAUCUGGACCUUUCUGUAACGGGCCCGUGCUCAGGUUUAACGUUAAGUGCAAGCCCAGCCCUCCUCGGUGAGACUGCACAGAAAUCCCAGUGGAAGCUCUUCCUGCUCCCAGCCUGUCUGCUGCCCUUCAUGGUGAUAAAUGGUGGGAGGGGAAGGGCGAGGGGGGAGGACUAGCGCGGCUUUGAACUGAUUGUUUUUUAAGAAGGAUGGGAAGGAAGGAAGAAUGCGGCUUCAUUUAAACCAGAAUUUUUGUUUUAUGGCUAAAAUCUUUGGUGUUCUUCUCCCCUUGGUGACCUUUGGUGCUCUCAUGAGUAAGUCUCAGACUAACCCCUACUCGAAGAUGUCUAAUCAGGUAAGGCAUUGGGCUACUUUUAUUUUUUGCUUUAAGCUGUCCCGGGUCCGUAUCCCCACUCCCGUUUGGCCCUGCGCGUGGUUGCUCGCUAGCUGCCACCUUUGCUUGCAGGCUGGGUAUCUGCUCCACGCUGGCUGUUUCGUGCUACUGCCGAUGCACAGAGCAAGUUCAUCACCUUUGCAGAACGUCUCGUGAUUGAUUCCUCGUGUCUGGGGAAAUCUGCUCCAGCGUUGCAGGCUGAAACCAGUGCUCGGCUUUAGUGCGCAUAAUCAAGGCUUCGAGACUUGUUUUUCUUCGCUUUGCGCUAGACGGGACUAGACUCCAGAGGUGGCCCGAGGAGGGCAGUUCUCAGCCGGGGGGGCCUUGCUGCAGCCUGCGCGGUGCAGGGGCUGCCGAGCUGAGCCGGGUGCCAGGGAGCCGCCGCCAAGGCUGAGCAGAAAGGUGGCUUCAGACCCCAAAGCCCUGGGGCUUACGUCACCAUCAGCGGGAUUCGCAGCCGCAAGCUCUCUCCCGGAGGACAGUUCUGCUAGCAGAAGCCCUGAGGAGCUGCUGCUGCCCCCCCUUACCCAAGCCCGGUGUUUUCGGCACCCCGUGGCUAUGGGGGUCCCGUGGGCAAACCCCGGCGCUGCAGAGCUCCCUGGUCGACCAACAGCCUCUGCGGCAUCAUGGGCUGCAAACACGGACACUGCUGUGGAGGCUGUCCCACUUUGACGGGAAUAACCACCUACAUAGUGACUGCGAGGCCACUGUCCAGGUCGUCUAGGUGGAAAGAAGAAAUCUGGGUCAAAGCCCCAGAUCCAGGCCUGGCCCAGCAUCAGCAGGAGAGUGAGAGGAUUCAGGACAUCCAGUAACCUGCGCUUAAUGCCAUAACUCUGGGAACUGGGUAUGGUUUGGGGCACGUCCUGCUCUUACCUUUGUGUUCAUGAGGGAAAGGAUGGCAGCGGCGGUCCCCGCUCCUGGUGCUGCCGUACGUGGUGCUCGAUCCGCUCUGCGCCAGGCUGCUGGCUCUGCCUCUCCAGCGCUCCUGGGACUCAAGAGUAGUAGUUCUUGCCCUGGCUAGAAGUUGGUUUUGUGCAUGCCCCCAAGGGGAGUUUACAUGUUUCUGGGGUUGCAUAAAGGUCUUGAGGUCUACAGUUCGGAUUCGGAGGCCUCGUUGGUUUAGACGUUUUAACCUCUUGGCAAAUCUAGCCCUUGGUUCUUCAAGCCUCCUUCUCACCUUAUUUUUACAGCCAGCUACUCCUUUGUGAUUUAAAGCCAUAAAGCAAAAUUAAAAGACUGGGUUCACCAUGUCAUUUGAAAACUCAGCCUCAAAAACAGUCGGAAAGGUGUGUUUUCUGACUGUAACUGGAAUAAUGUUCUUCGUGAUAGAAGGCAAGUACAUGCCUGAGCAUCCUGGGGUUUGCUUGGCUGCUGCAACCCUCAAGCAGUCAUAGCACAAAGCUCAGAGCGAAUUAACCUCCCUAGCAGUUACCCAAGCAGUUUCUCAACUGGUCUGGGCAGCCCCUGCCAAGUUUAAUUUUAGCCAACACAGGCUGGUCUGUAGUCCACGGCGCUGGUGUAAGCCGUGGCUGUGAAGCCUACCAUGAAACGGCCAUCCAAGCGCCAAUGGCUACACUGCCUUUUUUAUAGACAGAGCCCAAGGGGCAGUUUCUCACAUGUCGGUGUUUUCACAUUAAAAUCUGGUUCAUGUUGGA